GCAGUGACACCUGGGGGCAACGUAACAAAAAUAGUUUUCACAGAGCAGUUAGAUUUUAAAGUUGGAAAUAUAUUUCAUUAUGAUAUUCGUAAAGAUUAAAUAAUAUUAGUUUGUUAUAAAGUAUUAACUAUAAAAAGAAAUGGACAGCGAAGAUAUCGACAUUUAUGAAGACUUGCCUAGUUUCGAUGAUAAAACAGAUUUUAAAGAUAAUGAAGAUAUUUUUGAACAAUGUGAAAAAUUGAAAAAAGAAGUUAGCGAACUUAAAUUACAAUUAGAAAACGCCCAAAAUGUUAAGGAAACUUUAGAGGUUAACUUAUCUUCUCUGCUUAAAACAGCAAAAGCUGAAAUUUCACGUAAAGAUAGAAUGAUAGCCGAGCUUAGGAAGCAGGUUGACGAUAUGACUUUUAAGAGAGGUCAUUUUAAUAAAAAUGUGAAGGAUUGUAACAAAUCAGUGCAGCAAUUACCUGAAAAUAACGUACACGAAUAUAAUCAUGCAAAAACGUACGCUGAGAAUGAGGAGUUACCAAAUUUUAAUUCAAAUAACGAUAAAUAUGAUCCGGUUGCCAGUAAUUCUUCUGAAACAAAUUUUCAACAUUUUGAAAGCGUUAAUUUUAAUCAAUCCAAUGAGGAUCAAGCAACAGAUUACGAGCAUUUAAAUAAUCAAUUUUGUAAUACAAAGUAUCAUUCUAAAAAGUUACCAGUACCUAAUAUUUCUAGUACUACUAUUUAUACAGAACGUGUUCGUAAGAAGAUAAUGGAAGAAGAAGAAGUGGAAAAGAAACAAAAAUUAUUAUUACAAGAAACGAAUGAACAAAAUACACAUAUUAAUAUCGAUGACAAAGAAAAUCAUUCAUACCCUAGUAUACUGAAUUCAAAUGUGAAUGAUACAAUUUUAGAAAAUAAAGAGGUUGUAUGUAAUUUUACUGAUAAUAUUAAUAUUACGGAAGGCAAUACUGUUUGUCCGACAAAUCAACAAAAGCUAGCUGCAAGUAAUAAUGAUUCUAAGAAAAGGCCGAACAAUGUUGAUACUCCUUGUAACAAACGUCAAAAGUUAGAUGUUGAACAAAAUAUGUGUACAGAUAAAACUAAUAUUUCUGACGAAGACGUAUGUUUUGGAUUUGAUCACGAAAUGGCGAGUAUAAAAGACAACAAAUUAAAUAGUGAAGAAAAUAGUAAUCCUUAUACAGAAAGAAAUGUUAGGAGUAAUAGCAAAUAUGAUAAAGAUUCGAGAUCACAUAGCACAUCUUAUAGAAAAGAAAAAGAAUAUUAUAAAAAAUUUAGCAAUGAUCAUAACAAUUAUUCCAAAGAUAGUGUCGAAUAUUAUCGUGAAAAAGAUAAAUAUAGUCAUAAACGAAAUAGAUCGCCUGUUUUAAAACACUCUGACAGAAAACAUAAACAUUAUGAUGAUCGAUAUAACAAGGAUUACAGAGAUAAAUACAGAGAUAGAGACAGAAGACGAAGUUCUCAGGAUAAAGAAGACAAUAUUUCAAUAACUUCCAAUAAAUCUUAUAAAGAUAAAAGUAGACUUAAUGAAAAAUAUGGUACUACGGAUUUUCAUUCGUCGAAAAGUAAAGGAAACAAAUAUUCUAGUUUACGUGGCACUAAACAUGAAAAAAGUAGAAGAAAAAUUAAGGAAAGGACGAAGCAUAAAACUGUUGAUAGAAAAUAUUCCAAACAUUCAAAGUAUGAUAGGAACUUGGAAGAUCGUGAAAGUACUCAUUGCGAAAGGAAAGGUAAAAUAAACGAAUUCAAAGCUAUAAAUGUUGUGAAAAAAACAAAUAAUUUUUUAAAUAAAUCAAUUAAAAUACGUAGUAGUGAUUCUUUGGAAGAAGGCGAAAUUUUAUCUCCCAUUAAAUCUAAUCUCAAUAACGAAACAGAUAAUAUAAAAUUUAUUUCGGAGAAAAAUGUUAACGUAGAAACUUGUAAAGAUUCUUUUAAGAUUACUUUCGAUCAAUUCGAAGAUAAGUUAAAGCCCGCUGCUAACAGAAUGAAUACGCGUACGUGUUUAACAAGAAAAGAUAGGGAAAAUGUAGGAGAUAAAGAAAAUAUGCAUCAGAUUGAAAAAGUUGAAGCUGCAAUAGCUGUUAAUACUUGUCCAGAAGACACUAAUAUGCCAUUGGUUGAUAACAAACUAAAUUGUACAGUAACAUCAACAAACAUUAUACCGAUUUUAACAUACAUCAACAACGAUGAUAAAAAUGUUAUUAUACAUGAAAACAAAUCUAAGUUUGAUAAAAUUGUUCAAUUACAGAAAAAUGCAAAGGAAUCUGAUAGUACACGCAAUAAUAUUCAGUACUUACCUGAAGAAAUUUUAAGAAGCAAUACAAAAAUUUCUGCUGAAAUUAGUCAAGAGAAUAAUAUUGUUUUUAAAUAUAAUGAUAAAAAAGAAGAUAAAAGUUUACCUAAUAUUUCCAAAGUAGGUCUAAGAAAAGAUAAUGUUUUCUCUGUUGACAAACUUCAAAAAGAAAAUGAUAACGAUCAACAGGAGUCAUUGGAAAAAGUUCAUGAAGAAACUGUAGCAAUAGAUCUCCAAGAAAAUAAUAAAUAUAAUAACAAUAAGUCUGUCAAGGCUAAAGCAACUAGAAAUAAUAAAAAAGAAAUUUCGAAAUGUGACGAUUCUGAAGUCGUUAUUUUUGCGCGGCGUAGAAGACAUAUUAAUUUAACUGAUAAUAAUGCAUCUAUGACUGUUAUCAUAAAUCCUAAAAAUACUAAUUUAGAUGUUAGUAUAAAAAAUAAUGUAGAAAAUAAUUUGAAACAACGAGCAUGCAAAAUAUCUCGUUCUUACAAAGAUCUAUGUAAAGAUGACAUAUAACAAAACCCUAGAUAAUAAUAUAUUUGUUUUUAAAUAGCACGGUAUAUUUUUUUUUUCUAUUUCAAAUAAUUAUUAUCUUGCAUUCUAUAACAUAAAAAAAACAAGAAAAAGAAAAGAUCCACGAAUCCAUUGCCUGCAGAUAUGAUGUUUAUUUCUUCGUCAAUGACUUUAUGUCAUCUUUGUAAUAUAUUGACAUAAUACAGUAAUUAAAAAAUAUAGUUCGUUUCCUAAAGUGCAAUCAUUAAUGUAGGUAAAAUGUAAUAACGCUAGUUAAACAUUUAUGAUCGUUGUGUGUGACCGUAACUCAAUAUUAUAAGAUCAAAUGCUACGAUUCCACUGCAAUUGAAUAAUUAAAAUGUUAUUACAAAAUACAAAGUGCAAAUACUAUUUAUACAUUCAUGUCUAUCAUCUCACGCACGCGAAGGAGGGAAUUUGUUUCUUUUAUUCGUUAAAUAGUUGCACAACUUCAAUAUUUCUUUCUUAUGAACUUGUGUAAAUUCAUUUUUACGAAUUCUACAUAAACAAGUUGCUCAGCCUAAACGCUUGUCACAAGAUCACACAUUGCCUAUUUAUUUAAUAGAAUUAUUCGGAGUAAACAAUUGAAUAUAAGGAAAGUUAGAACCUGAAAUAAAAAUUAAUUGUAUUGUUAAACUAAAUUAUAUAGUUCUUUUUCUUUUAUUUUAUUUUUUUCUUUAAUUGAUUGACCUAAAACUAACCGAAUGUAUGUGAACCAUUAUCUAGGUAAAAAUCAUUUUACCAUUUAUAUACUUGUAUAUUAUUCAAAGACACGUGUUAGGGCAAUACAGGAUCAAGAACGAACAUAUAUCACUAUCUCUUAACGAUAUAUGGCUGUAUAAAGAACUGAAGGUCCGUAUUCGAAACGUAUUAACAGUUUUAAUCCUGUAUAAGAACAUUAAUUUUUUUUCUUUUUCUAAAAUUAUUUCAUAUCGUGUCUACGUUUAACGCUCGGAAUACGGACCUAAAACUAAAUCCUAA